AUGGAGUCACAUGGGCAUCACCCCGUCCCGCUGGGCCGAUGCAGUGCAGAAGGGCCAGUCCCGGUGACCCCCCCUCCGCCCCCCGCAGGAGCAGCCGAGAAGUGCUCCAAGCACGGGGCAGAGGACCGGACGCAGAACAUCAUCAUGGCCAUGAAGGACCGGAUGAAGAUCCGGGAGCGGAACAAGCCGGAGAUCUUCGACCUGAUCCGGGACGUCUUUGGGGAGAGCAAGGUGGCCCACGGGCAGCAGAUCAAGGUGGUGAAGCAGAGCGUCCUGGACGGGACCUCCAAGUGGUCGGCCAAGAUCACCAUCACGGUGGUCUGCGCCCAAGGCCUGCAGGCCAAGGACAAGACCGGCUCCAGCGACCCCUACGUGACCGUCCAGGUGGGCAAGACGAAGAAGAGGACCAAGACCAUUUUUGGGAACCUGAACCCCGUUUGGGAGGAGAAGUUCCACUUGUGAGUAGCAGCAGCAGCCUCGGCUUCCCUCCGCCCCCCCCC